AUUCCAUACACGCGCGCGCAGGUUGACCUCUGCAGAGGAAGUGGGAAGCGCCUUGUUUUCCUCUCCGAGACGUCGGGACGGAUCUCUAUCACUCACGCGCUCUCCUGUGAUUUUAACAAAGACCAAAGUGCUUGGGGAUAGCAUGGCAAUGGUAGUAAACCAGUGGCCAGAGAACAUUUCUGCAGAUCCGGGGUCCCAGCUCCAGAUAUGCGGCCAGGAGCCCGGCGGGGCGCCGGGAACCCCCAACGGGUCCACCCCGGGGAACGACGCACUUUCCGGGGACAAGAUCCCCAACGUGGACUGCAUGGUGUGCGGGGACAAGUCCAGUGGGAAGCAUUACGGCCAGUUCACCUGCGAGGGAUGCAAAAGCUUCUUUAAGCGCUCGGUGAGGCGGAACCUCUCGUACACCUGCCGGGGGAACCGAGACUGUCCCAUCGACCAGCACCACCGGAACCAGUGCCAGUACUGCCGGCUGAAGAAGUGCCUCAAAGUCGGCAUGCGAAGAGAGGCUGUUCAACGAGGACGCACAUCGAACUCCCAGAGCAGCCCGGGACAGUACCUGACCAACGGCACCGACCCGUACAACGGCCAGCCCUACCUGUCCGGCUUCAUCUCCCUGCUGCUGCGCGCAGAGCCCUACCCCACCUCUCGCUACGGGGCCCAGUGCAUGCAGGGAAACAACCUGAUGGGCAUCGAGAACAUCUGCGAGCUGGCGGCCAGGCUGCUCUUCAGUGCUGUCGAGUGGGCCAAGAACAUCCCUUUCUUCCCCGAUCUGCAGCUCAUGGACCAGGUGGCGCUGUUGCGCAUGUCAUGGAGCGAGUUGUUCGUCCUCAACGCCGCCCAGUGCUCCAUGCCGCUCCACGUGGCCCCUCUACUGGCAGCUGCAGGCCUGCACGCGUCGCCCAUGUCAGCGGAGCGCGUGGUGGCUUUCAUGGACCACAUCCGGGUCUUCCAGGAGCAGGUGGAGAAGCUGAAGGCCCUGCAGGUCGACACGGCAGAAUAUUCCUGCCUCAAGUCCAUCGUGCUCUUCACGUCUGAUGCUAUGGGGCUGUCAGACGUCACCCACGUGGAGAGCAUCCAGGAGAAGUCCCAGUGCGCCCUGGAGGAGUACGUAAGGAACCAGUACCCCAGCCAGCCCAACCGCUUCGGACGCCUCCUCCUCCGCCUGCCCUCCCUGCGCAUCGUGUCCUCCCCGGUCAUCGAGCAGCUGUUCUUCGUCCGCCUGGUGGGCAAGACGCCCAUCGAGACUCUGCUCCGCGACAUGCUGCUCUCGGGCUCCAGCUACAACUGGCCCUACAUGCCCACGGUGCAGCGCGACCGGCCCAUCUCCCUCCACUACAACGAGAACGGGCCCUGAGGUGGAGAGGCAGCGAGACAGGAGACGCUGUGGGAGAAAGGCUGGACGUCCAUCUGACUCCUCAUCCACCCACCCUCCAAUCCACCCAUCCACCCAUCCAC